UUUAGCAGCUAAACUUUAUACCCGCACAAAGGUUGCCAGACAUGGCACCAAGAACUCUGUCGGCGUCUUCUAGACCUAUUCAUACUACCACACUAGCGACAAGGCCGCUGCUGCGACGCUCGCGGACUUCGGUGUUAGUUUGUGCCCGGCGAGGGUUCUCUGGACAGCAGAGCCUUGAGCAAGCCAUUGGUGCAAUAAAUCGUAUCAUUACCGACAGCGAGAACAGGAAACGGAAGAAAGCUGAGCAGAAUGGGUCUCGCGCAGAGCCGGAGGUGCAGCCGCUUGGCAAACCCAUAACAUUUAAGGCAUCUGCAAGGUCAGAAAAACUUGUGAAGGAGCCGGCCGGCUCCCCCCGCGACCUGUCCGCCUACCUGUCCCUGCCGCUGGACCAGUACAGCCUGUUGGAUCCAGGCUGGAUCUCGCGGCCCGACCCGGCGGGUCAGCCCGACACGUUCGUGCUGCGCAUCCCGCUGUUUGACCUGGUGGGGCUGGAGCUGCAGCCGCAGAUCAGCGUCAAGGUCAAUGUGGACCCACGCAACAGCCAGGUCCACUUCCUGGCCGACCAGUUCCGUGUGGGCGACCCGCGCUUCGACGACGACUUCAAGCUGCACAUGCGCGCCACGCUGCGCAACAAGCCCGUGCCCACACUGAGGCCCUUCAGGUCCAUCAAGCGCAUGUGGUCGCGCCGGGGCCAGAAGCACCAGCAGCCGGAACAGGCGCAGGGGCAGGGAGCCGCAACCGCAGCGGCCAUAGCGGGAGCCGCUGGAGCCGCUGGCGCCGCUGGCCAGCAGCAGCAGCAGCAGCAGCAGCAGCAGCUGACAGGCGGCGGGUCGGAGGAUGGGGUCAGCCCGACCGGCACGUUGUCCUCUGACGAGGAGGAUGACAUUGUGGUGGAGGUCGAGGGCGUGGACGACGAGCCGGGGCCCGGGACAGCGGGGCCGGGCAGCAGCAGCAGCGGCAUUAGCAAUGGUGCGGGCAGUAGCAGUGGUGGCAAUGGUAUCGGUGGCGGAGCGCAUGCCAGCAGUAGCAGCAACGGCGCCGGCGUAAGCAGCAGUGGCGGCAGUAGCGGUGGCCUGCCGCGGGGGUACGACCAGUACGAUGCGGCGGCGCGGCUGGAUGUCGGCGUGUCGGGGGCGGCCGGGACAGCGGCGGGAGUUGGGGUUGCGGGUGGCACGGCCACUGGCGGCGGCAGCGCACCGCACCAUCCUCCGGACCUGCCGCCGCACGUGACCAUGCGGGACCAGGACGACGGCUGGGGGCGGUCCUCGCCGCCAGCAGCAGCAGCGGCGGCAGCCGCAGCCGCAGCCGGCGGCACGACACCCAUACGGCCCUGGGGCAGCCACGCCCGCAGCGGCACGAGUAGCCACGGCACAGAUAGCAGCAACGGGAACGGUGGCAGCAGCGGUAGCGGCGGCAGCAGCAGCAGCGCCGCCACGGGCCCCGGGGGUGCCGCUGCCUGGCCGGCGGGCGGCGCAUACGGCCCCGCCCACCCAGCCGCUGCGUCCACGUCCGCCGGCGCAGUAGCAGCUGCUCCUGCUGCCCCGGCUGCUGCAGCCGCGCCGCCGGCUGCUACUGCCGGCCCGCCGCAGCCGGCUCCGGUGCGGGGUGAGGUUCUGGAGGUGGUGGAGCCCAUCGUAGUGUCGGAGGGGGACCAGGGCGGCAGUAGCAGCACCGGCGAUAGCGGCAGUAGCAGUGGCAGUGGCGGAGCGGCUGCGGGCUGGUCAGCGGGAUCCUGGUCAGCGAGCAAUGCGGCGUCGGCGGGCGCGCCGCCGCCGGCGAGCACCGCAGCUGGCUCUGGUCCUGCUAGCACCAGCACCAGCGCCGGCACCGGCACCAGCACCAGCACCAGCGCCGGCACCAGCACCAGCGCCGGCACCAGCACCAACGCAAGCAAUGCGGCGGCGGCGGCGGCGGCGGGCGCGGUGCCGUUUGUAGAGGCCGACGUCACGUACGUGCCGGCUGGGCAGUGGGGACGGGACGCGGCUCCGGUGGGGUCGCGGAGCCGUAACGGCGCGUCAGCGCCGGCGCCUUCAGCCGCACCCGCGUCCUCGUCGUCAAUGCAUUCGGCUUCGGCAUCGUCAGCAUCGGCACCGUCGGCGUCGCCAUCAGCGGCUGCGGCUUCAGCCACCGGCUGGACCUCGGGUGGCGGCGGGCACUCGGCGACCUGGUCAAACUCACCAGAGCCAUCCUCGUCUGAGUCUUCGUACUCCUCUUCCUACUCGUACUCCUCCGGAGCUGCCUCAUCGUCGGCAUCCUCGUCAGCCGCGACGGCGACGGCAGCGGCCAGGAUGAUGGGCGACGCUGCGGCGGCGGCGGUCGGCAUUGCGGGGCAGGCGGUGGGAGUGGCGGCGGCAGCAGCUGCGGCGGCGGCGGGCGUGGCGGUUGGUGCCGCAGCGGCGGCCGGGGCGGUCGCGGUGGGAGCGGCGGCGGCGGGUGCGGCGGUAGCGGGGGUGGCGGCCACGGGUGCAGUGGCCGCAGGCGCGGCGGUGGCGGGAGCAGUGGCGACGGGAGGGGCCGCCGUCGCGGAGGCCGCGGCGGCGGUACAGGCGCAGGCAGCGGCAGGGUCCGGGGCGGGUGCCGGCAGCGCUGCGACGCCCCACGGCGCGCCACCGACGCCCGCGGCCAUUCCGGGUGUCACGUACAACGUGACGGCUGAGAGGCCGGCCGCAGACGCCGGCCGCGGCCCGACAGCUAGCGCGGCGGCGGCGCAUGCGGCCACGGCAUCGCCUGCGGCUGCGGCUGCGCCGACGGCGCCGCCAACUGCGGCGGCGGCGGCACCCGCUGUGCCGGCGGCCUCGGCGCCUGCUGCGGCGCGUGUAGAGGGCAUGAGGCCGGACUCUGCGGCAACAAUCCAGCCUUCAGCGCACUCCCCGACUGCUGCUCCCCCACCGCCGCCGCAGCACGCGACCGCGCCUGCCGUGCCCACGACAAGUGACACUGCUGCUCCUGCAGCAGCAACAGCCACUGCUGACCCUAUCGCAGCGGCGGCUACUGCCGGCCCCAGCCCCGGCCCAAGCACCAGCGCUCAGGCGCCAGCUGCUGCCACCGCGCCCGUCCACACGACGCCAUCGCCACCGCCGCCUCCACCGCCGCCGGCCAUCUCUAUCCCCAGUGCCUCCACAAGCACAGCCGCAGGGCAGCUCGUCACCACUAGCAGCAGUAGCAGUAGCACCGGUGGCGGCGGCGCGGCUACAGCCGAGGACAACCCCACGGCGCUGCUGGUGGGCAGUGUGGACGUGGCGGUGACGGUGGUGGUGCCGGCGGCUCUGACGGCGGUGCCGCGGCCGCUGCUGGGCAUGACGGGCAGCCUCAUCGCGCGCUACGCCAUCUCCUCGCUGCUGCCGUCCUUCCUGGACCUGCUGGUGGCGGACUACGGCAGGUGGUCGUCUGGUCAGACGGUGGCGGCUCGGGCGGCACCAGCCGGCGACCUGGCGGCGGCGGCGGCCGCCGCCGCGGCGGCGCAGGGCGCUCCGCCGCCAGCACCGCGCCACGGCGGUCCGGACGCGGCAGCGGGCGGGCACACGGCGGGUGUGGGUGCGGCUGGACCGGCGGCAGCGACAGCGGGCACGGCGGCGGCGGCGGCGGCAGCGGGCACAGGUGGCUCGGCAUCGUCGUCGAUUGCGGAUGCGUAGUUUCGUUGGCUGGUGGAUGGCGGCGUGGCUGUUGGUAGUGCAAGGGACCACACAAGGCAGCGUGCUAGCACGGGCCCUUUAAAUAAGCAUCUGGUGCAUAUGCAUUGGCGUGUCACACUGCCGUAUGUUUCAACGCCUGUGGCUUGGGGUCUAGCGAGCAGGAUACAUCAGCGCGGGGCGUGUGUCAGCGCUGUCGCAUUGAGUGCACGCUCUUGUGCAUAGCACUGUUUGGUUCGCCGGUAACCAUUACCCAGUUAGCUUUCAGGCACUGGGUAAUCAAGCAUUGAGCCGCGCUGUGCUGUGCCACGCAAGUCGCAACGCCGCAUGUACUCUCUGGUCGCCUGACAAGUCUGCUAGGUGGCUCUUUGUGUAAUGUGCCAUGGUGAUGUCUCCUGGGUGUAUGCCUCGAGUGUCACGCCCUGACGUGUGACCGUGCAUGCCGUGUCACCGCAUGGUGUUUUCACGCAUUACUUAGCAUGAUUGCCACGUAGAAGAACCAGCGGGGCACACCACAAGUACGCCAGCACACGGUAUCGCGUGACACGAGUUCGAGUUCCAAUUAGUACUGGGGAAGUGACACAGUGGCAUAGCGGCAGGUCAUGCAAAAGGCUCUUCAGUAGCUGAGUGACUGAGUCCCGAGAAACCAGUGUAGCCUAGUGUAGCCCGCAAGCUCAGCACUACUCCCGACUCACU